GUUUAUAGAGUUGUAAUGACAAAACAGUCUUUGAAGAAAUAGUUGUAGACUGUGGGCCUGACAAUAUACUAGGCACUAGAAAGAACAGAGCCAAAGCCAGUGAAUUUAAAUCCAUAGGAGAGACACGGUUAUCAAAAAAUCAUGAAUAUGCAUAAGGCCACACCUGUCAAAAGUGAGACAUAAUGAAAAGGGAGUAUGUAAUAAAGGGAGACUGGGAAGGUGACAUGAGACAAGCUCUGAAGGACAAGCAGGAGGCCUGAGUAGGAGAGCAAAAGCCAAGCAAAGGUGUUUGCUAAGAUGGGAAAAGUAGAACAUGAGGCAGAAGAAAGAGGAGCUAGACCACUCAUGGCCUUGUAGAAAUAAAGACUUGGGUCUCUUUUAUUACCAAAGACCUGAAGGGUCUUAGGCCAUUGACUAUCAUGGAUUAGAUUUUGUUUUUCAAGAAGAUGGAUUCUAAUUUGGAGCUGGCCAGGCUUGGAAGUGCCUUGCAAGGUAUCUUCAGUAGUCCAGACAAAGUGGUGAAGAAGGGGAAGAAGGACAAAAAGACCAAAAAGACGUUCUUUGAGGAGCUGGCUAUAGAAGAUAAACAGGCUGGGGAAGAAGAGAAGGUGCUUAAGGAGAAGGAGCAACAGCAACAGCAGCAGCAAAAAAAGAAACGAGACACCCGAAAAGGCCGAAGGAAGAAGGAUGUGGAUGAUGAUGGAGAAGAAAAGGAGCUCAUGGAGCGUCUUAAGAAGCUCUCUGUGCCAGCCAGUGAUGAGGAGGAUGAGGUCCCUGCCCCCAUACCCCGAGGAGGGAAGAAAACUAAGGGUGGUAAUGUUUUUGCAGCCCUGAUUCAGGAUCACAGUGAGGAUGAGGAGGAAGAAGAAAAACAUCCUCCUAAACCUGCCAAGCUAGAGAAGAAUCGGAUCAAUAAGGCUGUAUCCGAGGAACAGCAGCCUGGGCUGAAGGGCAGAAAGGGAAAGGAAGAGAAAUCAAAGGGGAAGGCCAAGCCUCAUAAUAAAUUUGCUGCUCUGGACAAUGAAGAGGAGGAGGAUGAAGAAGAAAUAACAAAAGAAAAGGAGCCACCCAGACAAGGGAAGGAGAAGGCCAAGAAGGCAGAGCAGUGUUCAGAGGAAGAAGGAGAAGAUGAAGAGGAGGAAGGGGAGUCUAAGGCUGAUGAUCCUUAUGCUCACCUUAGCAAAAAGGAGAAGAAGAAGCUAAAGAAACAGAUGGAGUAUGAGCGCCAGGUGGCUUCAUUAAAAGCAGCCAAUGCUGCUGAAAAUGAUUUCUCUGUGUCCCAAGCGGAGGUGUCCUCCCGCCAAGCCAUGUUAGAAAAUGCAUCUGACAUUAAGCUGGAGAAGUUCAGCAUCUCGGCCCAUGGCAAGGAGUUAUUUGUCAACGCAGACCUAUACAUUGUAGCCGGCCGCCGCUACGGACUAGUGGGACCCAAUGGGAAGGGCAAGACCACUCUCCUCAAGCAUAUCUCCAACCGAGCCUUGAGCAUCCCUCCCAACAUCGACGUGCUGCUGUGUGAGCAGGAGGUGGUAGCAGAUGAGACGCCGGCCGUGCAGGCUGUUCUUCGAGCUGAUACCAAGCGACUGAAGCUGCUGGAAGAGGAGCGUCGGCUCCAGAGGCAGCUGGAGCAGGGAGAUGACACAGCUGCUGAGAGGCUAGAGAAGGUAUAUGAAGAAUUGCGGGCGACCGGGGCAGCAGCUGCAGAGGCCAAAGCCCGGCGGAUCUUGGCCGGUCUGGGCUUCGACCCUGAAAUGCAGAAUCGGCCCACACAGAAGUUCUCGGGGGGCUGGCGCAUGCGUGUCUCCCUGGCCAGGGCGCUGUUCAUGGAACCGACGCUGCUGAUGUUGGAUGAGCCCACUAACCACCUGGACCUCAAUGCUGUCAUCUGGCUCAAUAACUACCUCCAGGGCUGGCGGAAGACAUUGCUCAUCGUCUCCCAUGACCAGGGCUUCCUGGAUGAUGUCUGCACCGAUAUUAUCCAUCUUGAUGCCCAGCGGCUCCAUUACUAUCGGGGCAAUUACAUGACCUUCAAAAAGAUGUAUCAGCAGAAGCAGAAAGAACUGCUGAAGCAGUAUGAGAAGCAGGAGAAAAAGCUGAAGGAGCUAAAGGCAGGUGGCAAGUCCACCAAGCAGGCGGAAAAGCAAACAAAGGAAGCCCUGACACGGAAGCAGCAGAAAUGCCGGCGGAAAAACCAGGACGAGGACUCACAAGAGGCUCCUGAGCUGCUGAAGCGCCCCAAGGAGUACACUGUGCGCUUCACUUUCCCUAACCCUCCACCACUCAGCCCUCCUGUGUUGGGUCUGCACGGUGCGACGUUUGGCUAUGAGGGGCAGAAACCACUCUUCAAGAAUCUGGAUUUUGGCAUUGACAUGGAUUCAAGGAUCUGCAUUGUGGGCCCUAACGGCGUGGGGAAGAGCACCCUGCUCCUGCUACUGACGGGCAAGCUGACACCAACGCGUGGAGAAAUGAGAAAGAACCACCGGCUGAAAAUUGGCUUCUUCAACCAGCAGUAUGCAGAGCAGCUGCGCAUGGAGGAGACACCCACUGAGUACCUGCAGCGGGGCUUCAAUCUGCCCUACCAGGAUGCCCGGAAGUGCCUGGGCCGCUUUGGCCUUGAGAGUCACGCCCACACCAUCCAGAUCUGCAAACUCUCUGGUGGGCAAAAAGCCCGGGUUGUGUUUGCUGAGCUGGCUUGUAGGGAGCCUGAUGUCCUCAUCUUGGAUGAACCCACCAAUAACUUGGACAUCGAGUCUAUUGAUGCUCUUGGGGAAGCCAUCAAUGAAUACAAGGGCGCUGUGAUUGUCGUCAGCCACGAUGCCCGACUCAUCACAGAAACCAACUGCCAGCUGUGGGUGGUGGAGGAGCAGAGUGUUAGCCAGAUCGAUGGUGACUUCGAGGACUACAAACGAGAGGUGUUGGAGGCCCUUGGUGAAGUCAUGGUCAACAGACCCCGAGAGUAACUGAGCUGGCCUUAUCCUUGACAUCCUGCCAUAUACACAGAGGUGACCUUCAUUGUUGUGGGCUCCAACCAGCCAAGCUUAAGUAGCCAGUUAUUUCGAGACUCUCUUAUCACUAAGAACCCUGCCUCUGGUCCACCUGAAAGCUUCAGGCCCAGCUGGCCCCCUGGUCUUUGAGUGGUGCUCCUCUUUUCUGGUGGACUUAAUGUUGACUUGCUCAUACAAAUAACUGCUGCAUCUCAGUGCUAGAGGCACGUUCUGAGGCCUGUGCUAUCACCCAGCCCAGGGUUUGGUGCCUGCAGUCACUUGUCUAGCUGGGGACUUGGGGACAGGAAAGAAUGGACACUCAGCUUGAAUCUCCCUUUACAAGGGGAGGAAAUAAAGGAAAGGAGUUGUUGCUGCCCUAUCACUGUUUGGAGAUUUGUGGGAGUUGGGACUGUUCUCAGUGUUGAUUUGCUCUGUUCCGUUUGCUAGCAGCAUUCAGUAUCCACUCUUCCCCACUAAUACAGAUGGCUCCACCUUGUAGUCUUAA